UUUGACAGCAAAUUUAAGAAAAAAACAAGCUAGACAGACGCGCGACGCGAAUGACCAACCUCUGCUAAAAGGCAAACACCUCCAUCACUAUUUUUGCAGAAAGGAAUCAGGGAACAAGGAAUGGCGAGUUCGACAGUUCCAGAAUCGAUGUCGGAAGAGAAGCCGACGAUUUCACACAGCGAGGCUCCGACAAGCUACAAUCCCCAGAUUCUAGGGCAAAGCGAUACGCCAUGGGUGGAUUACGCGAUCCACCAGGCUCGGUUCUACCAGAAGACCGCGCAGGAGACCCUCGAUUCCGCCAUUGAAGCUUCAAGAUCCCGCCUUUCCCAGAUUCUAUCCACCUCUUCUGCUCAUCUCAACCAAACUCUCGACUCUUUACAAGAUGUGAAGUCCGAGAUUGGCGCUUAUGAAGAUCUUGUAUUUGUGAAGAUUAAAGAGGGCAUUCUUGUUGCAGCUUCACACCCAUUGCUGACAGGAGGGUUAGCUACUGGAUUGGGGCUUAUUGUACCAAAAAGGCCGCGGAGCUUUUUGUACUACAAGACCUUGCGCUUGCUUCGAAGCGAAGAGUCAUUGCUUUCCAGGGCUGAUGAAAAAGUAAAGCAGUUGCGACAAUCACUUGAUGCUAUAAAGGCCGAAAGUGAGAAGUUGGAGAAGAGGGCAACACAAGCAGAACAAGAAUUGAUGAGGGGACGGACAAAGCUCAGACAAGCAGGGAAGCAGAUUCAAGGUGUUAUUCGCUCGGCUUAUAAGAUUGAAAGGCAAGCAGCAGGUUUGAAAGAUGUCCUCAGUGAACUUCCCAGAAGAGAAGCAUCUAGAUUUCGAUCACAAGUUUCAGGCCUUGUUUCUGAGGCAAAGCGAGAAAGAAACACAUUGACAAAGGAGGUCACAAAGAUCAGCAAUUACGGGAUCUCGGUCUGAGAAUUCCAUUACCAUAAUUUCCCAGCCUGUGAGCACUGGGAAUCUUUUGAUUAUAAUGGCUUCAUUUUGAUGUUUUACUUCAGAAAUAAUUGCCGUAAAACAAUUCGUCUUCAUAUUUUUCAGAAAGAAAGGCAUUUUUUUAUUAAGAGAAAACCGUUUCUCUCAACCUCGGCAAGGAUAUACAUGUCAUCCAGCAAGAUUUGUGCUACUUGAGGUUUUAUAAUUAACACACAAAGUUCAAACGUA